UUUUUUUGGGCGUAGAAAUGACGAAUAUCAAUGCUAACAUUUAUAGCAUUUGUUUUCUAAUAAUAAGUUCCAGGGUCUUCGCUUUUUUCGACUUAUUCUAGAUCUACAUCUUAUGGUUGCACUAACAGGAGCAAGAGAGGAAACCCAGAACUGACAGGGCCACAAGAUUCUCGUUCAAAAAGGUUCCCAUGUGUUAUUCCAGAGCAACAGUGGGGAAGCAUUAAUGAAUUAGUUUCUUGAAUAGUCAUUGCUCGAUAUCUUUGACAGCUCCACGAGAUAUGGCUGAGGUAUUCCUUGCAGUCGCUAUUACCCUCACCUCGCUAUCGGUCCCUGCGUCCAGGGCCAGAAAAUGCAGCCAAUUGGAGAGGCGGGUCUUCUUUGCAAAGACUGACUACGUCAUAUCCUUUUGGGACGCCCAUGAACGGUGCGCUGAGCUCGGAGGCAACAUGGCAGAUUUCAGCAGUUGGACAAAGAAUCCAAAAGAGCGAAUGAGCUGGAUGAGAAACAUAUCUGAUACGUUCAUAAUGGGUGGCAGAGCCUUCGGGAACAACAACAUUCUCCGCUGGUACGCGGGUUUUAAAGUGCCAUCAAAGAAACCAUUUCCGUGGGGACAUGGGGAACCAAAGUCAACAUCUGACCAUAAAUGCAUUUUCAUGAACAACGGGAUCGUGCGAACUGGUAAAUGCCACAGCUGGAAGACCAACUCCGUACGUGGGCUAUGUCAGCUUACAGACUCUGAGAAGAAAUACCAGAAUGCCAAGUGCACGCUAUGUUUGUGUCCUGGGGCAGAGAGGCCUUUGUGCAAGAACGGUAGAUGUGAUCUGCCGUGUGUGGAACUUGUAGAGGGCGACAGUUGUCUUAGGUAUCCCUGCAAGAAGUUUGAAUGGAACCCGCCAAAAUGUGACAAGACCUGUGUCUGCACUGACGGCUGUGACUCUAUUACUGGCAAAUGUCGAGGGGCAUGCUCACCCGCCUGGUAUGACGACGGGGAUUCAAAAUCCUGCAACAGGACGUGGUAUGAAGCGGGAAAGUUCGGACAGUACGACACCAACAACUUAACCGGUUGUGCGUGUCGGGGGGAUACCUGGUGCAGCUUUGAAGGAAGUUGCAUGUCAUGUUGGCCCGGGGCUGGGGGUAAGUACUGCGCUGAAAGCGACUGUCCAAUCCAACAGUACGGCAGAGACUGUGAGAAGACGUGCCACUGUGCAGAUCCCGUAAAGUGCGCCCAGGAGCAAGGCCAGUGUCUGCAGAUGCCGUUCAAGGGAUGUUCAGGCAAGUGGCUGGGUAGAUCAUGCACAGAGACGAUCUGCUCCACUGGUCUCUUCGGGCCCAACUGUCGAUACAUCUGUGCUUGUAAAUACGGCGAACAGUGUGACCUUGACAGUGGAAGUUGUGCGGCGGGAUGUGAGGACGGCUGGAUGGGCCUCAGCUGCAACGACACUUCCUGUUCUGUUGGAAAAUAUGGAACGGAAUGCCUUGAGGACUGUGUGGGCUGUAAGCUUGGAGAAAAAUGUGACCGCAAGACCGGGAGAUGUCUCAGUUCUUACAUCAACAAGAGGAGUGCAUGUGAUGAUCCGAACAAGUACGGCUACAACUGUGACAAAAAAUGUACCUUCAAAGUGAUAGGUCUGUGCACGGGCUGUGACCGGGACUUUGGCGACAGGUGUGGGGAGUGCAAGUACGGAUACCACCUCAACGCUGACGGGCUGUGUCAAGAAUGUCCAGACAACACUUUCGGGAUUCGGUGCCAUGGGAGCUGUGACGUCAGCUGCAAUGAAAAUAUCUACGGAUGUAACAAGUUUAAAUUCGAGUGUUACGAGAAUUGCCAGAGUUUUGUCAAAACACCGUGCAACGUUCUAUGCUCGGCCCCAUGCCCAGAUGGAACCUUCUGUGACGUGGGAAGGACAAACAGCUGUCAAGGCAAGCGUGCAUGACAUGAAAUUUGUUAGAGUAAAGUACACACAGCAUUGAAUUCGUUAUCGGGAUUGGUAUCUUCUUCUUCUUCUUCUUCUUCUUCUUCUUCUUCUUCUUCUUCUUC